CGUUCGUUACCGUACUUCAAUCGGAACCCGAUYGGAAAUGGAAACUGAAAGCAAUUUCACUACCCUGCAUUUUAUUCCAAGAAAGAAGCWGGGUCAGGACCAAAUCUUUGCACCGAUAGACUCGCACCGGAGCGUUCUUGUACCGUCCUUCCCUCAACACAUCCCAMAACGAUGUUUUUGCGCAACAAUCUUCUCCUAGCCCUGCUGGUUGUUCAGAAUUCGCUGUCCGGSAGCUCGGCCUUUGUCGUUUCGGCACCCGCCGCAUCCAAAACACGCGGCGCGUUCUCGCCGACCGAUGCGGCGCCUUCUUCGGCCACCGCUUUCUCGAACACGGCGGCAGAAGCCUCCUCCUCGGCCCUCGGUGUGGGCGGUCUCGAAUUGGUGGAUCCGUCCUACAACCUCGCCAUCGGUGCCUUUGCCAUCGGCCUGGCCGGGGGGUUCCUGGAGGAUCUGAGGGACGAGAACGGUGAAAAACUCCUCACCGCCAAGCCCUUUGGRGGUCUUGCGGUUAUCUUCACCGUGUUCUCCCUCUUUUUGGCCUUUCAGACAACGACCCUCCGGUUUGCCUUCGACGACGACUCUUUCUCUCUGGUCCAGGCCAACGGUGCCAACCUCGAGCAAGAAAACAUMGUGGUUGGCGGGGAGAACAAGUGGCGGUACGACAGCUUCUCGAACUAYGACUUUUUGCCAUCRAGAGACUUUCCGAUCCUUGUGUACUUUCGGGAGGACCAGACCCCGGUGGAAAACCGAGAAGAAGUUCCCAUCACCAUUGACAACCUGGAGGGACAGGUUCACUUCUUCCCUGCCAUUUCGAACUCCAAGCAACUGGAAGAGGGCUUUGUCAAGCACGGUUGCCCAAAGGUUUGAUWACUUGGUAGAGAUGGACGGCGUUGCUAGACACCACGACUAGUUUCUCAAUCCUAAAAUGAUGUUACUAUGAUCAAGUGGUACCGGUAGUCAUCUUUUCUUAAAAUAGCUUGCGAUGUUGAGAAGAAUACGAAUUCGAGGCAUAGCAGAGAUCAUCAUAUUGUCGGUCUUUUGUAGCUUAUCGAAGUAUUUUAGAAAAAAAAAAAUGAUUUCUGUAAAAAUAUUCUUAUGAGAAGGAUGAGGGAGAUCGGAGCAAUAAAUUGAACAACUAAUG